AUGGACCGAGGUGGCCUCCUGCCCUUCCAGCUUUGGUGCCCCCGGCCCUUUGGCACCUACUCCCAGAACCAGCCACGCCCACCUUCUGCAGCCCUCAAGCCCUCAGCCUGCUCCGAGCCCGGCGCUGGGGCGGAGCCAGAACAUGGCCCUGCCCACUCUGAGAACACGCCCCCGGUCUUGGCCUCCGAGGCUCCUGCCUCCCAGCCUGCCCCACUCCUUUCCACAGCCGCUGCUGGCGACGAGGGUCGAGUCCUGCUGGACACAUGGUAUGUGAUCAAGCCGGGGAAUACAAAGGAGAAGGUGGCCUUCUUUGUGGCCCACCAGUGUGGUGGGGGCAGUCGGGCCAGCUCCAUGAAGGUCAAGGGGCACUGGGGCAGUGACAGCUCCAAGGCCAAGAGGAGGAGGCGCUGUCUUGAGUCUACGAAGGCUCCGCCCGACCCAGGGGGACAGGACGGGCCCCCUGCCGCGGAGGGGGCCCCAACCUCUGCCGGCGAGGAUGUGGACCUGCUCUCUGUGGCCGAGAUGGUGGCCCUGGUGGAACAGCGGGCCGCCCUGGCCCUGCAGAGCUACCCGCGCCCCAGCACCCCAGCGCCUGUGGUCUUCGUGUCGGCUGAGCAAGGUGGGCCUGGCAAGGGGCUGGGAUCCGAACGAAGGUCUGGCGGCGGGGACUGCAGCCGUGUAGCCGAGGCGGUGGCCCACUUUGAGGCCCAGCGGGACAACCCCCCGGCCAAAGGCCUCCGCAAGGAGGAGCGGCCUGGACCAGGUCCCGGGGAGGUGCGCAUCGCCUUCCGGAUCUCCAACAGCCGAGAGUCCCGAACACCGGAUGGCAGCUUACCCAACGGGAGCGGGAGCCGGCCGGGUUGCGCCUACCCUGGCAGCCCGGGUCCCGGAGCCCGGGCCAAGGACAAGAUCACCUGCGACCUGUACCAGCUUAUCAGCCCAUCUCGGGACGCCCUCCCCAGCAACGUGGAGUUCCUGCUGGCUAGGGCAGACGAAGCCAGUGAGGGUGAGACCCCCGCCCCUGCCAGGCCCGAGGACACUCCCCCGGCGCCCCCGCCACCCCCUGCCCGGGACUGCGGAGCGUCAGGCUUCCACGUGGAUGUGGUAGUUACUGGGGUGGUGGACGAGUGCAUCUUCUUUGGCAAGGACAGCACCAAAAACGUGAAAGAGGAGACAGUGUGCCUGACUGUCAGCCCCGAGGAACCACCCCCGCCCGGCCAGCUCUUUUUCCUCCAGUCCCGGGGGUCUGACGGGCCCCCCGAGCCUCCGCCAGCCGACUCACCGGCCACGGCGCCAGGCCCGGACGAUGCCGAGGGGACGCCCGACACCUCCCUGUGCCGCCUGUACCGGCAUGUGUCCCACGACUUCCUGGAGAUCCGUUUCAAGAUCCAGCGGUUGUUGGAGCCGCGGCAGUACAUGCUGGUACUCCCAGAGCACGUGCUGGUCAAGAUCUUCAGCUUCCUGCCCACGCGGGCCCUGGCAGCUCUCAAGUGCACCUGCCACCACUUUAAGGGCAUCAUUGAGGCAUUCGGCGUGCGGGCCACAGACUCACGCUGGAGCCGCGACCCACUCUACCGCGAUGACCCUUGUAAGCAGUGCCGCAAGAGAUACGAGAAGGGCGAUGUGUCGCUCUGCCGCUGGCACCCCAAGCCCUACCACCACGACCUGCCUUACGGACGUUCCUACUGGAUGUGCUGCCGCCGAGCCGAUCGCGAGACGCCUGGCUGCCGCCUGGGUCUGCAUGAUAACAACUGGGUGCUGCCCUGCAAUGGGCCAGGCACUGGUGGGGGCCGGGCUGGCCGCGAGGAGGGGAGGUGA